AAGCUACCGCAGCUGCACACACACACACACACAUACUCACACACACACAUACAUCAAAGGCUCUUCCUCUCCUCCUCACUGCAGCUCUCACCGACAGCGGGUCAGCUGGAUGGUUAGAGACCCCCGUUUUUUCUUUCUUUUUUACGCACACAGAACGGGACAUCACGGGACAUUAAACGGACAUUUCACCAGACCAAGUCGAGUCUUGGCGAGAUGAAGCACUGAGAAGAAAACUGCACACGCUCGCCGGUUGUGUUCAUCCUGAGGCUGCAGUGAACGGAGGGGGGAUUGCGGUAUAAGAAGGUUAAUAUUCAGCAUCAAUAAAGGUCGUCUCUUUGAGCCGGGAACCGACUCGAAAGGGUGAAUCUCGCCCCUGUGCGGGGGGAUCGGCGGAGCAACAUAGUCUAUAAAAAUUAUGGCCACCCUACUGCGGAAGAUCGGUCUGAUCCGUCUGCACGACCGAGACACUGAGGACCCAAAGCACCACCAAGGCUCGUUAAAGGGGAGCAAAGGAAACCAGAAAAACAAUACCAACAAACACUGUCAGACCGCCAACGAAACCAACAUCCUGAGCACCCCGGAGAUUAAAGCGAGGAAGCUGGACCAGCAGGGCAAGGACAAGCCGUCCGGCAAGGAUAAGCAGGGCAAGGAUGCGAAGGAGAAGCAGCAGACGGGAGGAGGAGGAGGAGGAAGCGGCGGCGGCAGUAAAGCGACCAGUGCCUCCUCGAUACCACCGCUGGCGCCUCACCGGCAACACUGCACCCAGGUCCGGACGCGAAGGUUGAUGAAGGAGCUACAGGAGAUCAGGAGGUUAGGGGACAACUUCAUUACGGUGGAGCUGGUGGAGGACAACCUGUAUGACUGGAACGUCAAGCUGCACCAGGUGGACAAGGACUCGGCGCUGUGGCAGGACAUGAAGGAGACUAGCACCGAGUUCAUACUGCUCAACGUCACCUUUCCCGAUAAUUUCCCCUUCUCGCCGCCGUUCAUGCGGGUCCUGACGCCCCGGUUGGAGAACGGCUACGUGUUGGACGGCGGGGCCAUAUGCAUGGAGCUGUUGACCCCCCGCGGAUGGUCCAGUGCCUACACGGUGGAGGCCGUCAUGAGACAGUUUGCUGCCAGCCUCGUAAAAGGACAGGGCCGUAUAUGUAGGAAAGCAGGAAAGUCCAAGAAAGCUUUCAGCCGUAAGGAAGCCGAGGCCACCUUCAAAUCCCUGGUGAAGACCCACGAGAAGUACGGCUGGGUGUCCCCGCCCGUGUCUGACGGCUGAAUGCCCCGACGCCGUCCCUCCGACCCCCGCGCUAGCCGGACAAACCCAGCUAGCCCCGACAUGCAAAACGACACACCACGCUAACUCAACAAUCUCUCAUUUUUCACCAUUCACUGUUUCACUCAAGGUUUUCUUUUUCUGGUUUUCUGUGUUAUUGAAUUUGUUUUGUUAUUUUGCUUUUGGUCACCAUCUCCAGAAGAGCUGACAUGCAGUCAUCACCAUCACUCCACCUAGAAACAACUUUUUGGUUGACCUCCCUCUCACCCAGGGAUUCUUUCCACGAUUUCAGAAAGACCUGAGAGGGCAGAGUGUGUGUGCGUGCGGGUGGGUGAGGGGGUGUGGGUGUGUGGGUGUGCGUCACUACAUCGGACAUCAGCUGGGAGCGUGUGCCACUGUUGGUGGAUUUCCUUUUUUUUUUUUCUCAACGCACACACAUGCAUGUUCAGUGGGACAAAUCGGACAGUGUGGGCUUUUCCACCCAUGUGAAAGACUACUGAAUGAAGGAGACUCAUCUCCCUCUCCUGUCCUUGCAAUCCCGCCCAUCCUCACCUCCCUUUUCCAUCCCUCAUUCCUUUCUUCUCUUGAACUGGCAUUACAUCCCACCAUCUCUCUCUCUCUCUCUGUAGCUGUCGGGUCAUUUGCAUAUAAAUGAAGCUGUUAAUGUUUAAUAGAAGGGCAGCGCACUGGCGUUUAAACUCACUCAUUCGCACCUUCAUUUCUCCUUUCUUUUGACUGUGCAGUUGCUCACAGUUCAACGCAACAUGAAGAUUGUAAUUUACAUGGAGCUGUGCUCUCUCUCUCUCUCUGUCUCUUUCUUUAGCUCGCUUUGUUUCCUACUCUCCGUCUCUUGUGGCUAAAUUUAGAGCUCACUGUUGCGUAGAUGGAUAUUGAUUUUUAAUGGAGAAAAAAAGUCAUGUUGCUUUAUGCAGCAACUACUGUAUGUAUGAUAAAUAGAACGACAGUCAGUCACCUCUCUUUCUCUCUCAUGUUCUUGUGUGUGUGUGUAGGAGAGGAAUGAAGACUAUAAUUCCCAUGAUUUAGAUACCAGAUGGUACAGCUGAAGGCUAGGCCUCAGUGUGCGUGUGUAUGUGUAUGUGCGCGUGUGAGUAAGGGAGACAACCCUGUAAACACACAAAUAUGAUUUACUGUGAAUGACACUAAGGUCUAAAGGGAGUGCUGGCUUUUUUUUGCUAAAUUAACUCGCCGUCUUGUCCCGCUGUUGACAUCAGCUCCUGAUUAUUAUUGCUGCAAACGCGCGUGUAGUUGUGACCGAAUAUCUGCGUGCACGUAGCCUCGUCUGUCUCUCCGAUGAAGAAGAAAAGGUCGGCUUAACCUCACCCAGACAUUCGCACAGCUCGCAGACUUGGAGCGUACACCUGCGGCCUCUGCGGUAACACCUAGAAAUGAAGACAGACAGGAGCGUGCUGGAGUGCUGCUUUAAAUGAGUGCGCUUCGGAGCCCGUCUGACUGAUGUCUGCUGAAAGCGAGAGGCUGAAGGCAAGAGGCAGGAGAACAGAGCGAUGGGAGGGAAUCGUGGGAGCUUUGAUCACUGCCGGCUGCUUCUCGGAAAUGUCAGGUGGCUUGAAAAUGGCCGAAGACGGCCGUGAUUACUUGAGAGGCGCAGAGUUCCAACCUUUAAAAGGACUUUAUAAAUAUCUACUAUUAACUGUACGACUGCAGCAGCGUCAGUCUCAAUCAGCCGAGAGCCUACUAGCUGCAGACUAUCUCUCCACCCUGUCCAGUGGGCUCUGUUUGUUUUGCUCUCCGCCAGUUAAAUGUCAGAGAGAAGGCUGCUAAUUGCUCUGACAUUUCAGCAGAGCGUCAUUAGAGGAGAGCCGCAAGAGCAGAAGGAUGGAGGAUGUCAGAGCUUCAGCUCGGCGGUGACAUUUUGUCACUUUCCUCUCCUGCCUCGAUUUUUUUUUGGGGGGAGGGGGGGUGGAGGCAGGGUUGGGGUAUAGGAGUCAGCUCUCAGCUCCGCAACCCUCGAGCGCGGGAUGUUCAAAAAUCGCUGAGCCAGCAUGCGAAAUACGAAUCAGGUCACACCUUGUCCUGAAGCUCCCUUUGUGUCACGUUUUGCGGUUGACAAAUUCUGUGUAUGAGUGUGAGCAGAUGUGUGUGUCACACUCCCAUCAUGGAGAAAAAAAAAAAAAGAAACAAAGACACCACCAUCUGGUAUGUGAUCAUGUACGAAAGCGCGUUAGUCCUCUUUGAAUUUGGCUAGUCAUUUCAGGGUCGACAAAAUGACAAAAUAUCUCAAAAACCUGAGUGUUUGCUGGUUUCAAGAGAAUACUUUUGUGAUAUAGUUUAGAUCGGUAGUUUGCAGACACUAACUGGGUGAACUGAUUAUGUUGUAAUAUAUCUGCAUGUGAUAUGUGAUUGGUAGCUAGCUACUGUAUCUCUUUUUUUUUUCAA